AUGGGUUUCACAAAGCCGCCUGUCAAGGCGCUUAAGGCCGCCAACAAGUUGAAGCGCCAGGAGUUGUUUGUUCAGCAUAAAAGAGCCAGCGGCAAGGAGCGACGAGAAGAGCGUUUCCGGCGCAAAAAGGCAGAAGACCAGGACCCUUUGCUGAAGGCGAAUCGAUUGGCCAAGAACAAGACUCUCACGAUUGACCAGAAGCGGGUGUGGGAUGAUGGUGACGAUGACAGCCUUGGUGCCGUGGUGGAUCUGGAGAAGCUGAGAAGAAAGCGAAUAGAGGAGGCUGAGGCCGAAGAGCAGGCCUCUCUCAACGCGGAAAUGGAGGAUGCCGAAGAUGAUGAGGACAAUGACAGCAUGCUGGAAUCCGACAAUGAAGAGGAUGACGAGAGGCGACAGGCAGCCCUCGCCAAGCGGAUGGAGAAGCGCUCUCGACGAGAAAGCGUGGCUCCGUCGACGACAAGCACCAAUCUCGACCUGACGCCAUCCUCUCUAGCCCUCAAGUUUCCCACCCUCUUCUCCGAUAUUCCUCAGCCAAACCCGAAAGUUCUCGUCACGACCUCGCUCAACUCGAGCAUUCACGACGAGGCGCAGCUCAUCUCGACCCUGUUCCCCAACAGCACGUACAUACGGCGAUCAGGCCAUCGCUUUGCAUACAAAUACUCACUACGGGAGAUUUGCAAGUUUGCUACCAAUCGAGAGUUCACGGCUGUCAUCCUCGUCAAGGAGGACCUGAAGAAGCCAACCGGAAUGUCCAUCGUCCACCUUCCGUCAGGUCCGACGUUCCACUUCAGCAUCUCGAGCUGGAUCGAGCCGAGGAAGCUUCCCGGUCACGGAAACCCGACCAACCACUACCCCGAAUUGCUUCUCAACAAUUUCAAGACGCCGCUCGGUCUGCUUACGGCCAAGCUGUUCCAAGCACUCUACCCCCCCCAACCGGAGUUUCAGGGUCGUCAGGUGGUGACGAUGCAUUGCCAGCGCGACUGGAUUUUUUUGCGACGCCAUCGGUACGUUUUUCGAGAAAAGCGCGUGACGGAGAAGAGCAUCGUCGAUGCGGAGGGAAAAGAGCUCAAGGGCGUUGAGGAUCUCCGAGUUGGCUUGCAGGAGCUUGGCCCACGCUUCACCCUGAAGCUGAGAAGAGUCGAUAAAGGUAUAGGGAGAGCCGGAAGUGAAGGCGAAGACGCGACGCAAUGGCAAUGGAAGGCGAAGAUGGAAAAGGACCGCAAACGGUUCAAUCUAUAA